AUGCCGUUUGUCGGAUCUGUGUGUUUUCAUCAUGAAGAGGACAGCUACUACUCUGAUGUUUCUGUGUCUUUGGACAAAUACUGGCACCUACACUGCUCCACCAGUAUGAUUGUUGGUCUAACAUAUAUAGCCGUAGGUUCAAAGUGUGGUGUUCCUGAGGUGUGGAGUCCUCUGUUGCAUGCUCUGAGAGUGGUUGGAGGAGCUGAGGCCACACAAGGAUCGCACCCAUGGCUGGUGUCUCUGAGGAAAAAAAGCUAUCAUUUCUGUGGUGGAGCCAUCUUGAGCGCCCGCUGGAUAAUGACUGCGGCACACUGCUUUUCAUCAACAUCAAGGGAGUCCCUCAGAGGUGUGCGGGUGGUGAUUGGGAAUUUUGACCAACGUCUAACUGAUGAAGAGGAGCAAAUUUUUAUCAUCAAGAAUAUUUCAAUUCAUGAGAAGUACCAUACUACUCUACCUAUGAACUAUGACAUUGCUCUGCUGGAACUAUAUCAACCCAUUCAUUUAGGUAAACGGGUUCAGCCAGUAUGCCUCCCUCUUCCUGAUGUUCACACGCAGCCUGACACUAACUGCAUUGUGGCUGGAUGGGGAAGGACCAAAGAAAGGGGACAUCUUUCCAGUACUCUUCGUGAAGUCCAGUUAAACUUAGUGGACCCGGCUAAGUGUAAAUAUGUUCUCCAGACUGUGAAAAAUGCCAUAUUGUCCCCACAAAGGUUAAACAGACUUCCACCAGCUCUGACUGUGUUAUGUGCUGGUCCAGAGACAGGGGGUAGAGACGCCUGUCAGGGGGACUCUGGUGGACCUCUGGUAUGUCCGGUGGGCUCAGCCGGCGGUCACUGGGUGGCUCUGGGUGUAACUUCCUGGGGCAAAGGGUGUGGGCGGAGCUGGGAAAUGAACUCUAGUCGCCCCCCGUCGCAAAGAGGUUCUCCUGGGGUUUUCACUGAUGUUAAACUGAUGCUGCCCUGGAUAAAGCUAACACUAAGACAGGCUGAGUCAAAGCAGUUGGAGAGACCUUUAUCCAGACUGUGCACUGUGCAGGAUGGCUCUGUGAUUGACACUGAGGGGGUCAUCAGAAACCCUGCCUCCCAACACCGUUACUAUAACAACAAUGAACUGUGUGUAUGGAGCAUCAGUGCCCCUCGUGGGUCUAGCAUUUUACUACAGAUUGAACAUUUGGAUUUGGAGAAUGAUCCGUACUGUCUCUAUGAUCGACUUACUCUGUCUAUAGGACCUCAAAAACCUGUUGGUGUAUUUUGUGGAAGUGUUCAUCCUAGACAAUUGUACCUCAUUAAUUCCCAUCAUGCAACUGUGCUCUUCUCCUCUGAUGUUAGCAUAGUGGGGAGUGGAUUUGUCAUGAAGUACCAUACCGUUCAGAGACUCACAGAUCCUGGGUGUGGCACAGUUGUUCUGGUGCAGAAUGAGACCAGCAUCCACAGCCCUGGCUACCCACAACACUACAUUAACAACUGUAUGUUCAGAUGGGUGAUCUAUGCAUCCCAGGGACACAUCAUCAAGCUCAGAUUAACAGAUUUUGAGUUGGAGGAGUCCAGCAGAUGCCUUUAUGAUUCCCUGGUGGUCAAUGGCGACGUGAUGGGAGCAGAUGAGAUAGCGGUGCUUUGUGGCAGCGGUCUUCCUCCUCCUGUCAUCUCCUACCACAGUGUUAUGGUCCUUCAGUUCAUGUCGGACAGCAGUGUGACUCACAGAGGCUUCAGUGCCAAUAUUGAGUUCAUCCACCAAUCAGAUUUGAAUCAGGAGAGUGAGCCAUGUGGGAAAAGGUACAGCAAGGAUCAGAUCACAUCUCAUGAGUCUCCGACUGGUCAGAGAAAAGUGGACCAUGAAUCAGAGGAUCUAACACAGAGCACAGAGCCCUCUGUGCAAAUGAGGCUGGGAUCAGACAAUCUGGACUUUACAUAUGAAUCCUCUGAGACUGAGUAGCAGACAAUACUUUUAAAUGGAAAGUAAAUGUGCUAAUGUGUCCCCUGAUGCACUGAGGUUUGAAUUUAUGGUGUGUGUUGUAUGACAUCUGCAAACUGAACUGC